AGUACCUGGUAGUCAGUCAUCGUCGGGACUAAAGCGGAGCUACGUACAGUGAACUGACAACACAGCAAUGCGGACGAAGAAGGGCAAAAAACGAGGGGAAUAGUCCGGUUUUCUGUAGCAGCCCGGCGGGUCGGGGCUUCAUUUGAUUGUGAGGUAUAAUUAAAAGGAGAUUUCGUUUCCAAAACAACGCAGAAGAGGACAUUAGCUACCUUGGAAGCAAACAUAGGGCGGAUAUUUCCCGAGGAAAACCAUAAACCACAUCCGUAUUCCCAGCCCCGGCGGUCGUGUGGAAUAGUCUACAAAAAGAAUGAUUGCCUGAUAUUUUUUUUACUGUCUUGUAUCAUAUAUAUUUGCCAGCACCACUUCCAGUUUUUUUACAGACUCAUUAUGGUGGACUCCCCUACAAUGAAGAAGACUUUUGUGGUCCCAGACAUAAAGCCAUUGGAUUUGUAUGACUGCACUAAAUCAAAAAUAUGCGCAAGUGUCGGAUGGCUGUUAGCGAAGUCCUACGGCAGUGCAGAAAAUGUCCCUGCAGAGCUGCGUGACCCUUUCUACUGUGACCAGUAUGAACAAGAGCAUCUUAAACCUCCUCUUAUACGGCUCCUGCAGUCUUCAGAGCUCUACUGUCGUACCUACAGCCUGUUACUGCGGGGUACUGGAGCUGAUGCUCACCCCAAAGACAACGUUGCCCUGCUGCAACUCCUCACUCAAAGAGGCAUCAUCGCCAAAGACCAGGAGGUGACAGUGACUGAUGCAGACCUUCGACAUAAACCCAUCAAAAUGAACGCUCACCUGGCGGUACUGGAUGCCUUGAUGGCUGUGGGAGCCAUGGAAACGGUGACUGCGGUGAAGACAUGUGGUUCUGCUGAGCUGCUGGGUGGAGCUGCCAGCUGGGAGGAUGCUCUGCUUUAUUGGGUUAACUUGUUAAACCAGAAGUUGAGAGAGCUUACUGAAGGAGCCCAGAAUGACUCAUCUCAGGCAAUUACAGAGCCUCAACCUGUUGAGACCUCUUGUCCUACUCGCUGGUACUGGAAACUUGUUCCUCUGCGCUACAGGAAGGAUAAAAUUCAGGCAAAACUAAAGCCAAUCUUUCCGGUAGUAAAUGAAGUGAAAGAUUUGUCCACUGGUUGUGCUGUUGCUGCAGUUAUACAUUAUUAUUGCCCUGGCCUACUGAGACUUGAAGAUGUGUGUAUGAAGGAGUCCAUGUCAGUAGCAGACAGCCUGUACAACCUGCAGUUCAUCCGUGAAUUCUGCGACAGCUGUCUGAAGGGCUGCUGUCAUCUGGCACUGGAGGACAUGCUUUACACACCACAGGAGCUUCAGCUCAACUUGCUGAGCUUCCUGUCGGAACUACUUUGCUGGUUUGAAGUACAAAAGCCAGUCUUUGUUCAGCCAAUAGAUACAUUAGAUGGAUCCACACCAGUAACACCAAGUAAUAGUACUUCCCCUUCCAUUUUCAAGAGGCCUUUCCUUCCCAUUUCCUCCCCUGCAUCAGGAUCUUUGACUCAGUCUACCUCAAUGUCUCAUAUAGAAGGAGUUGGAAAGACAUGGAGCAAAAAGCCUCUAAGCCGGCCCUUGUCAGCAGUAUCCUUCAGCAUUCCUUUUGGCCUGGACAGUGAUGUGGACAUUGUGAUGGGAAACCCUGUAAUAACCCGCUCUGUUAGUUCUGAUCAGCUCAACCCCAUGGGCCGAAACAUGACCCGAGUGCCCUAUACUCCUCCUGAAGAUCUGAGCCAUUUGCUCAGCAAACCACCUGGACCCAAUGGUCCACAGAGAGCAUCAUGGGCCACCCAGGCUCCCAGUAUACCAAGGCUGGCAGAGGAGAAUGGCCAUGAAACGAGUGAAACAGGAGAGCUCCCUACCAUAGAAGAGGCUCUCCAAAUUAUUCAUAAUGAGAGCAAGAUGGAGCCUCGUCUACACCCUGAUGGUGCUCCUGAUGGUUUCUACCUCCACUCUCCUGAUGAUCCUGCUAGUUCUAGAUAUAACAACAACUUAGGACCCAUCAGCUGCUCUGCCCCAACACACUCAGGAAUGAUGUACAGGGCUACAGGAGAGUCCAGGGACCCAGCUCACACCAGAAAUGCCUCUGAAUGUUCACGAGAUGAUGACUCAGUUUUGAGAGAUGGUAGUGUAGAUUCAGAUGCCUCAGAAGACCUGCCGAAGACCCAUUCUACUCCCUCCACACCAGCUGCCGGUGUCAACUCUGCUAAAGGCCACAAUAAAGAGGUGCCUGACAGUGGUGUGAAGAUGACCAGCUUUGCAGAACGUAAAAAGAAGCUGAAUCUGGAUUCUCCUAAAGCCAGUGACCAGUCUUCCCCUCAGAUGACUACAUGGGCGCAGAAAUCUGAAGAAAGCCCAAUCAAGAGCCCACAACUUAAUAAUGAAAUGUCUGAGCUGGGGGCUCGGCUUGAAGAAAAGCGCAAAGCUAUAGAAGCCCAGAAAAAACGCAUUGAGGCAAUUUUUGAAAAGCACCGGCAAAGACUGGGGAAAAGUGCCUUUCUGCAGUUAAAAAAGGAAAGGCAUGAGAAUGACGGAGAUGGUAGAGGGGAUGGCCAGGUCAGCACAUCAUCUACAGAAGAAGAUCUCUCACGGCUAACUCUGGAGGAAAGGCUUGCUCGAAUGGAGGAAGAGGAGCAGAAGGAACAAGAUGAACAGCACCCCUCUGUGGAGGAAGAAGGUAAUGCUAAAGGAGGCCUUGCAUUAAAAAAAGAGGUCAAUCAGACCAAAGAAAAGGCAUGUACACCUGAAGGGAAGAGCGCUGAGACACCUGGUGAGAAAUCGGUUGCUCCUUUAGGAGACUAUAACAAUGCUGUAUCUAAGUUAACUGCAGCUCUUUCCUCCCUGCAAAGUGACAUGCAGCGGCUAUCUGAGCAGCAAAAUCAGCUGAUCAAAAAGAAGGCUACAGCUUCCAAUAACAAAUCCUGGGUUAUUCCAGCCAGUCCUAAAACCUCCACACCAGCUCCUCCUCCUGCACGCCUUUCACGAGAAGCCACUCGAGGUUUAAACUCAACCUCCUCCUCUCCGUCUCCAUCACGCAAAAUCACAAACCAUACCACCCCUCCAAAAUCUCCUCAGGUUCAUCGAAGAGCCCAGUCCGUACCCCCUAAAAGCCCCAAACACAGUCGUCAAAUGGACAUUAAGGUCCCAACCCUAUCAAGGGUCCUCACUCCACCUCAAAACGUCGACCGCAUUCCCCAUCUUCGUCGAGCAAAUCCCUGGCAGUCCCAAGUUCAAACUUCAUCCUCCUUCUCUAUAGGUAAUUCUGAUAGCCUGGAUGAGCUGCGCUUAUCUGGAUCAACUCCAGUCCCCACACCCCCCGCGACCCCCAUACCCACUCCAAUUCCCCAUCCUGCAGCUGAUGAUGCUCUGUCAGAGGUAGGCUCAAAUGAUGGACAGAGUGUUUUUAGCAUGGAUCUUGAGGCAGGGCCUUCACAUAGUCCUCUGGCUAGGAGGGAGGGCCUUGCAAGUGGGGGCUGCAGCUCUGGAGCCCCAUCAGAGUGCUCAUUUGAGAGUGAUGCCCCUGCAGGGAUGUUGAAUGGAAAACGCAGCAGCUUGAUAGAGAUCUCACUCUCUGCCCUGAGAGGGGAUGGAGAAGAGGAUGACCAAGUGCCUGAUGCUUUCUCUGAUUCGAUGAGUGACCGAACAGAGCCUGAAGCAAAAGCUGGAGUUGGUUUCUUUUUCAAGGAUGACAAAGAUCGAUCAGAAGAUGAAAUGGCCCAGCGAAGAGCAGCUUUGUUGGAGAAACAGCAAAAGAGAGCAGAAGAGAUGAAGAAACGCAAACUUGAGCAGGAAAAAGAAAAAGAAUCAAACAAGCCACAGUGGAUGGUUAUUGAAGGGUGGGGUAAUAAGGGUGAGGACAGACCCCAGACCCCAGGCACACCUCCAGGACCACGUACUCCAUCAGCAGAGGGGACUCCACAGCGCAGAGGAGACUUCACCAGGCAGGAGUAUGAGAGGCGACAGCAGCUGAAGCUCAUGGAGGACUUGGACAAGGUGCUGAGGCAGAAACCCACCACAGUCCGUGGUGUCAAGAAGCAAAGACCCAAGAGUGUGUUUAGAGAUGACUCUGUCCUGUCUAACAGCCCUGUCAAGGGUUUCAUGGAUACUAAACUGAACAGAGUGUACUCCCACUCAACAAUGAACCUGUCGUCUAUGGCUAAUGAUUCUGGUGGAAUGACCAUCAGAAAGUCUCCAAGUCGUUCACAUUCUCCCUCCCGAUCACGGCUAAUGUCACCAGGACGAAGGAGUGCUCAGAAUGGAGAGAAGGACUGGGAGAAUGGGUCUACCAUAUCUUCCCCUGCCUCAAUACCAGAAUACACAGGACCAAAGCUGUACAAAGAGCCUAGCUUUAAGUCCAAUAAGUACAUCAUCCAUAAUGCCAUUACUCGCUGCUGCCUGGCUGGCAAGGUCAAUGAACCACAGAAAAACAAGAUUGUAGAGGAAAUGGAGAAGAGCACAGCCAAUCACUUCCUCAUCCUCUUCAGAGAUUCCAGCUGUCAGUUCAGAGCAGUUUACACCAUGAACCCUGAAACUGAGGAGAUGGUACGGCUCACUGGCAUUGGUCCCCGAGUCAUCGCGCCUGAGAUGGUAGAGUCCAUUUACAAGUACAGCUCUGACCGCAAACAGUUCACCGUCAUCCCGUCCAAAACCAUGUCCAUGAGUGUUGAUGCCUUCACCAUCCCUGGCCACUUUUGGCAAAAGCGCCCAGGAACUCCCAAAAAGCUCAGCACCCCAAAAUAAAGACUUACCCAAGAUCGAUAAGGAUGUACAAAUUCAGGGAAUUCACUCCCAUUUAGACGUUUUUCCUCUAGUUUGGCCAGUGUGGCACUUCAGAUUAAGUCAGACUAGUGGUGGACAGCGCAACUGUUCAGGCUUUUACCCAGUUAUCAACCUGGACCAGAAGAAUAAUUCAGAUGACUAAACAUGCCAAGAGAAUGAGCCAUUUUUUCAUUCAAUCAGCCAAUGUAUUUAAGGUAGUUACAUCUUCAGAGUAGUUACAUCUUCAGAGCUUCCGACAGGCUCUGCAUGAUUUACUCAGACUGUAAAACCUAAUGUGACUGAUUCUAUUAUGAUGAAGAAUAAUUUCCCUUGCCUCCUCAUGCCUUGCCUUACCCUGCCAUACCUGAGUCAUUUUUUUGACUCUUAGGUAAGAAAAAGAGGGGAAAACACUCUGCCUUUGCCUGAAACACAGCAUUUUGGGCACAAGUAGUUUCCUUCCCUCUCAAUUCUGCUUGCUUUUCCUUUUGCUGCCUUUUCUUCAUCUAGGGCUCACUUUCUCUUCAGGCUACUGAGACAAGUGGCUCAGCUCUCAAUUCCCAUUGGAGAUCUCAGCUGAAGUUUAAUGGCAGGUAAAACUGCUCUCAUAUGAAUGUAGGGCACACACUAACAACUUAGUCCUUUCAGGGGUGUUCUCACUGUGUGGUCAAGCCCAUAAAAUACCAUAGUGAGUGGUCCCUCUGUGGGGUGCACUGGUUGCAGAUACUGUGGUUGCUGAUGGACUUGCAUACUUAGAAACUGCCUGUGCCCCAUGGUUUGUGCACUUCACUCCAACUCUCCUGCAGCUGUAGACAUCUGGAUGUUUUUUUUUUGUUUGUUUGUUUUUUAUAUUUAAUCUUUUCACAUGUUUUUUGCAAAUUUAUUAAGUCUAAGAGCUGAAAGAAGAAUGAGAUUUCUUGAAAAUCUUGUCUUGAAAAUGAAUCAUGGAAACAUGAAUGAGGGCUUGAUCAUGUUUAUCAUUACUUGGAUAAAGCUCUGAUAAUGAUAAUCAAUGCUGAUUUAAUAUAUACUGAAUGCUGAUUACUUUGAUUUCUUUUUGACAAUGAUUUGUAAAAAGUAAGUUGACCUUUGUAAGCUACAAAUAAGCUAGCCUGCUGCUUAAGCAUUAGCGAGAUGUAUGUUUGAGAUGAGAAUGAGUGAAUGAAUAGAAAUUGUCAAAUGGCUGAAAUUGCUGAAACUGUUUGUCUGGGAUGAAUAAAUCCUUUAGGUCACUAAAAGUCUGUUUUCUAAUAUAUUAUUCCCUGUUUGUGUGUCCCGGCAUAUAAACAGUAGGUUACUUAAUGAAGGAUCAUUGUGGACUGUAACAGCCCUCAUCUACCCCACAGUCUCUAGAGACUCCUUCGUGUACAAAUGGGGGAAUGUAAAAAAAAAAGCCAAACUUUUCUUUCUUUUUAAAUCAGCAUCCGUGCGUUUGAGCGAAAUCUGACCACACAUUUGAGUGUGUCAGUAUCACCAUAAAACCUGUAGGAAACUAGCUGUCUGCUCUUCCUCUGCAGUCCUUAGUACUACAGCAGCUGCUGCACUGCAGCUGUCUUCUUUCAAAAUCACUGACUUCCUCCAAGAAAUGUUUGAAGGGGAUUGUAAUACAGAUGUGAAAUGAUAUUGAGCAUUAAUGAGAAAAAAUGGUUAAAUGAUUAGAAGUGUUUGUGGGGGAGUGCAUAUUCAGUUAGUGGAUGUUUGUAUUUAUCUGUAUGUUAAACUUAGAAUGUUAUAGUAAAAGGCUUAUUUUGAUUCAGUGCAAUUCUCUCCUAGAAGUCCCAUCAUAUGCAGGUGUAUUUAUUUGCUUUUGAAUUACAGUAGAUGACAUUUGUUUUAGAUUCUGGUUCUACUUUUUCCCUUUUCCUCUUCCCCCCCCCCCAUUUUAUCGGUUAAGGUAAUGAGUCAAAUAUUCAUUUCAUAGAAGUUGUCAUAACAUUUGUUUUGUUUCUCCUCUGUUUUCUUAUCUGUGCCAGCACAUUGUGUAUGUUCAUUUCAUUAUUUGACUGCCCUUGGCAACUGGACCAGAAAAAAAAUUAAUAAAGUCUUUUUAAAUCA